UUCAGCUGUCCAUGCAUCCUUUAAGGUCACAUUUUCAAAGUAGGUCGUGGAAACAUCACUUACGCGUCCCCUUUAAAUUGCCCACUCUGCGCAAAAAGUGAGGAGUGGUGGCGCGCGCGGAACGCGCCUUUUAUCAUCCAAGACUCUUUUGGUAUGCAAAGCAAUGAUUGACUGCAGAUUAAACGCUUUAACUAGCUGACCUGUGUUAACGUGAUGCAAGAACUACAGAGAAAUCGCAGGGGAGGUACAGUAGACAGACAGGUAGGAGUCGAGAUGGGUGCUGUCCAAGGUGCCGCUGCUGCGUUUUGCACACUGUAUGUUUCCAUGGCAAGAACAUGUUUAUGAUUUGUAGGCGGUCACUUCCCAUUACGCACUUGUUCUAUUAAGGGAGUUUUUGAUAGAACGUAUACAGAUAACAAAUCCACAUAUUCUAAAGUUGCGCAAUAUCACCUACUCGCGUUUUAAUGUCACACGUUGGCUGUGUUAUUCAGAGAUGUGAUUUAUGCAAACUAAUGCAUCUGUAGCGUCAUUUGUUGCAACCUGUCUGACGCGGAGUGCGGCUUGCUGUAACCUCCUAAUGCCUCUUAAACGGGGAAUACACACCUCUACACGUUCGCGUUAGAGAACAACAAACGUGUUUUCAUCCCGUGUCCUUCUCACGCAACCUGGGUUGAAGAACCUUCGGGGAAGACGAGAACACACCCGAAUACUGUACCUCUCCGCCCCUCCUCUCCGCCUGCCCCGUUACGCACAAUGCGCCGGUGCGCCGGUGCGCCGAGAGCUACAGCAGACGGUGGCAGCCGGGAUUUAAGGAAUCACAUGUGUGUUUGUCGCUGUCUCCACGGCCACACGGACACUGCGAUGCCAUCCUGACUUCGAGAAGGUUGUCGUGACUUCUUGCACCUUUAGAGGAAGCCUUGCUAUCCGGGCGAUUUAAGUUUCUCCAGCAGUCAACCACACUGGUAACACGCUGUGGCUCUUUGUGCCCUCUCCCGUCUUCUGAGUGGAUACCCUCCUCCUUCUUUCUAACGUGCGGUGUCCUGUUCUGGUAAAAGUGCAGGCCUCAUCUUCCAGCACAAUGACUGUGGCCACGGCCGACCCCUCAGAUGAGGCAUCUGCACACCCUGGCCUCCCUCAGGACUACGACCCUGAGGCAGAACAGGAGUGCUGUGAAAGAUUGGUCAUCAACAUUUCAGGUCUGCGUUUUGAGACGCAGCUCAAGACCCUCUCGCAAUUCCCCGAAACGUUACUCGGCGACCCCAAAAAGCGAAUGAGAUACUUUGACCCGCUGAGGAACGAGUAUUUUUUCGACAGAAACCGGCCCAGCUUUGACGCCAUCCUCUACUACUACCAAUCCGGUGGAAGAUUGCGCCGCCCCGCCAACGUGACUCUGGAUGUCUUCUCGGAGGAGAUCCGCUUUUACGAGCUGGGAGACGAAGCCAUUGAGAUAUUCAGGGAGGAUGAGGGGUUUGUUAAAGAAGAGGAGAGGCCGUUGCCUGAAAAUGAGUUUCAGAAGCAGGUCUGGCUGCUGUUUGAGUAUCCGGAAAGUUCUGGACCUGCCAGGAUUAUAGCUAUUAUAUCCGUAAUGGUGAUCCUCAUCUCCAUCGUCAGUUUCUGCCUGGAAACCCUACCCAUCUUCCACAGCCAUGAAGAAGAGGUGCACAAAGUCCCUGUUGCCUUCUCAAACUCCACAACCACUUACACGUCCACCUACUUCACAGAUCCAUUCUUCAUUCUAGAGACGCUAUGCAUCAUCUGGUUCUCCUUCGAAUUCUUGGUUCGCUUUUUCGCCUGUCCGAGUAAAGCCAUCUUCUUUACGCACAUGAUGAACAUGAUUGAUGUGGUGGCCAUCAUCCCAUACUUCAUCACUUUGGGCACAGAACUGGCUGAGACGGCAGAGGACAAUCAACAAGGACAACAAGCCAUGUCCCUUGCCAUUCUGAGGGUCAUCAGACUCGUACGUGUCUUUAGAAUCUUCAAACUUUCCCGGCACUCUAAAGGACUUCAGAUUCUCGGCCAGACACUUAAAGCCAGUAUGAGGGAGUUAGGCUUGCUCAUCUUCUUUCUUUUCAUUGGAGUCAUUUUGUUUUCUAGCGCUGUCUUUUUCGCUGAGGCGGACGAACCCGAGUCACAGUUCUACAGUAUCCCGGAAGCUUUCUGGUGGGCUGUGGUGACAAUGACCACCGUUGGUUAUGGAGAUAUGGUGCCCACCACCAUCGGAGGGAAGAUAGUAGGAUCCCUCUGUGCCAUAGCAGGCGUGUUGACCAUCGCCCUGCCUGUGCCCGUCAUCGUAUCCAACUUCAACUACUUCUACCAUAGAGAAACAGAGGGCGAGGAGCAAGCGCAAUACCUCCAGGUCAACGUCCCCAAAGCCGACUCCCAAGAGGAGCUGAAGGGCAGUCGAAGCGGAUCCACAAUCAGCAAAUCUGACUACGUGGAGAUAGAAGAAGGCAUUAACAACAGCAAUGAAGACUUUCAAGAAGAGAGCCUCAAGACAGCAAACUGCACUCUAGCCAACACAAAUUAUGUUAAUAUCAAAAAAAUGCUGACUGAUGUGUAGGUAGUGCUGAGUGUAUUGAAGACGGGCGGUCAAAUCGGACUUAUGAAGCCAUGUUGCGAGAGGAUUAUGGGUCAAAACACCUCAGUAAUUGACGUCGUUCAUCUAACUUCUGUCCACAAUCCAGGUAUUCAUCAAUGUCUGCAUGGUCACCUUAUCCAAAGCCAAGUAUUCAUACGGAAUGACAUAAAUCAACAAUAUCUACGUCUGUAUAUCUACUGUAUAUCUACAGUAGUAUAUCUGUAUAUCUACAUCUUACUCAAAAAGUCAAGCUUCGCCAAAGAAAACCCAUUUGUGUGCUUCAUUUGCUUUCAAAAACAUCUGCUCAUGCAAAGAAUAUCAAACCUAGAUAAAUCAUUCAAGUCUAUUCUGCUGCUACCUGUUGAUGUCCUAAAAAUCAACAAAUGUUAACGAAAUCAACUGCUUAUAAAAAGUGUUAAUAAUUCAAAAUCACUAGGCCUAUGGAUAACGCUGCAAAGCUUCUGAAGACAAGCUGAAUGUCAUAUUUUACCUUAUUUACAGUCUGUGGUGUUUGAAUCAUUUCUGUGUACACCAUCUGCCAAGUCUGUAGCAUCCAUUAAUUUUCUCUCUUUCAUCUUUUGACAAACACAACAUACUGUAAAGACGUUAAAUGAAAACAAGCUAAGUGCCACAGAAAAAAAAAUGCUUCACGUAUUUCACGUAAGAGCACACUGUUCGCCGUUUUAUUAUUUCUUCUGCUAGCUGCAGAGAUAGUCCAAAACUUAGUUGAUAUUCAAAUUAAAUUGUCACUAAAAGGGCCAUAUUGUAGUUCUCACCCUAGAAAAUGGUUGGAAAACACAUGCUCAUAGUUGUAGCAACGAUUUUAGAUUAUUUUCUGGCGUUGCUUCUUGGCUUUGUCUAUCAUCUUGAAAUUUCUUUCAGAUGUAAGGAAAACCUCGGUGGAGCUUGUUUUAGAUAUGAUAUCAAUUUUUUAGGACCUUGGAUCUAGAAAACGCACCGAUUUAAAGGUGCUGCAUGACCUCAAAACCAAUUCCAAUGGCAUGAAUUUUCAACUCAAAUGAUAUACAGAAAUUAAGUAGCUAGAUAUCACAUUAAUACGUAGCUUAAUCUGUGUAUAUAUCUAUAUUUUUUUAAUAUCAUUUUAUCGUAAUCCAAAGGUGCUGCUUUUAGGUUUCAGAUCUGAGAGAACAGCAGGGAGAAGUAUAGAAAGGCCGAAAAUGGCUAUAGAUUACUUGUGUUCAGAAAAGUCAUGUACGAUUGUCCAAUAAAAAUACUAAGUCCAAAAACACAUUUAAAGGAGCAAUGUGGGAUUUUUAGGAGGAGCUAUUGACAGAAAUGCUAUUUAAUAUACAAAACUAUGUCUUCAGAGGUGAAUGUAUUAAGACCUAACAUAAUGAAUUGUUAUGUUUGUAUUACCUUAGAACAGGGGUUUUCAAACUUCAUGAUGCCAAGGAUCCCCAAAUAUGAUUAACCUUUUGAGACGGACCGCCUUUUCUAAAAUAUAUAUCAAUCUUCUGUGUAAAGAAACCAUUAAAGGAUAUUAUAAAGACAACACGUUGUUUCUAAACCUAAAUAGUCUGCAAUAAUUUUAAAUGGAGUCCCAUAUGUUUUUAUGGUACAAGUGUAUUAACCAUGUUUUUUGGUGUAUUGAUAUCUUAGGGCAAGACCGUGGUUUUACUACAGUCACCAUCGUUUACUAUGGUUUUAACUGUAGUGAAACCAUUGAUUUUCAAUUUUAACUGUUGUAAAUCCAUGGUAAAUUUUCGUAAGGAAUAAAAAAGAAACUAAAGUGAGAAAAACUAAAGAAAUAUAGAAAGAUUCAAAUAUAAAUACUUCUAGAAACCAUCAAUAGCAAAAAAGGCUGAUAAACACUGUGGACUUUUAUCAAUUAUUUGGGGGACGCCUUGCAACCCCCCCCCGGACCCAAGUUUGAAAACCCCUGCCUUAGUAUAAGCAAUUUUUUUAAUCUACAUACAGAGGGAGCCUAUAUACAUGAAAUUCGCUAUGUUGCGCCGCCCUGUUAUGUACAGUAACCAUAAACGGACAAACAGUACAAAGCACAUUUUCUCUACCUUGCGGUACAAUGUCCGGUUGUCCAUGACUUUAAAAAGUGACAGAAAAAUGUCUAAUUACUUACUCUUAACUCCUAUCUCGCUGUUAGAUCUGACGCUUUGGCUUUAACACCGCUGCUUUACAUUAGCUAGCUCUGCCCUCAAACGUGCUGCAAUGCAAUUUCUUCUUUUUAUACCUAAAAUCCACAGACCCUUUAUUUUUAUGUAAUAAAUAAGACAUCGCUCCUUCGAAGCUCCCUUCUAAUGCCCGCUUGCUCUCUGCCCUCCAUCUACAUGAGCAGACCACUGUCUCAGCAGACGACAUCUUUUUGUACUGUGGCGGCCACCGUCGUGUUUCGAAAGGGAGGGGGGAGAGGAGGACUGAGAGAUUGGUUGCACUCACCACUAGUGACCACUAAAAAUCCCACCAUAGACCUUUCAUUAUACCAAAAUAGCAAGUUCAGUUAUUAAAAAUAAGUUUUAUAAAUAGAUUUUUGGACUUACAAAUGUUGCAUCCAAUCACAACUAUUGUUUCCUCUCUAGUUCAUCAUAUUGCUGUUACCAUGGCAACAUCAUGUCACCUCUCACAAGCUUCUGGUUCACAAUAUCAGGGUGGGUUGGUGAUAUCUGUGUACCUUUAGAAGAUCUCUCACACAUACAUUUUCCCCUUUCUCUCCUAGGUCACAGGUGCCUUUGCCUUUAUCUUCUGACCUCUAAUGGUUUAUUUUAGUGAACCUUAUGUGCUGAUGCCGCUAAUGUGAUAGCGGAAACUGCUUUCACAGCUGCUGUUAAUUCUGUGUUUCUUUCAAUUCAGAAAGGAGCGGACAUUACUGCAUUGUGCAAAGUUUAAAUUGUUUUAUUGGCCCCACGAUGCAUAGCCAGUGCCUAUGAAACGUUCUAAAGUUAAACUUGGUAUCUUUAUGCAGGCAAACAGUUUGGGUUUAUUUAUUUUUUAUGCAUGAUUCUGGGCUGUAUGCUGCUGGUGAGAAAGAUGUAUCAUCUUAAGCCAAAUGCAUAAACUUGUGCGUUCACAGACAUUUCUGCAAAUCACAAUCAUCACACCUGUAUCACACCUGUAUCAUGUUGAGUUUUGUUUUGAUUCCUAAAUGUAAUUCGAAAAGCUUAAUGACAGCAUUGAAUGUCAGAGUGCUCAGUUGUAAGCGUCUUUUAACCAGUGUAUUGCUAGAAAGAUGGCUAACAUAUGCAAGUUUUGUUAUAGUGUUUACAAAUGUAUAAAAAAUGUCAUAUUACAUAUAACCAUGAGGCCACAUUCUCAUAUACAACAUUAGAUUCAAUAUAUUAAUGUAUAUACCAACAAGUAAAACUUGCAAGUAACCAUAAUCACUUUGAUUUAAUUCUGGACAGAAAUGGCUAUUUUAAUUUUUAACAGUAUAACAGUUGCAUAAUUUUAUUGAAAUGAAACCAUAAAACUGAAAAUUUGGUGAUAUAAAAAUGGCACAAUUUUUUCCAAGGAAUUAAUUGGAUCGUUACAUUGGUACAUCCGCACCAGAAUGGUGCUUGUUUCAUAAAACAUACUUAUUUGAUAAAAGAGCUUAACAAGCUCUAAUGCUUACGCAAUAUCACUGCUUAAUCAUAUAAGCAUUCAUGUUAAAUUUAAGCAUUCAGAUACAGCGUUUUCAUUCAAGUUGGACGAAAUGUCGUACCAUCGUUUUGUAUACCUAUGGCCUUGAGGUUGUAUGUGUGUACAUCAGAGGUCGAGUCUGCAACGAAAGAAAAAUAAGAUAUAUCUCUACUAUUGAUCAGUUAUGCAAUAGUGUCUAUGUGUGUAUAUCUGUGUAGCUUUUCUGAACCUAUGUAUAUCUUAAAUUCAACAGCGUGACUGAAUAAAGUCUCAUAAAAUUCUU